CAGCUCCGCUCUCUGCAGCCUCUCGCUUCUUCGACCCGCUGCACGGCCACGCUUCUGCGCUCAUCCCCGGGUUUGUGGACUUUUCACUGCUCCAGUCCUUUUAUGAAAUGAUGCAAAUGGAGGACUACCACAAGCCGGACCAGCAGACCGUGCAGGCGCUGCGGAACAUCGCUGCCCGGCUCCGGAUCAACUCCAUCCGAGCGACUACGGCAGCAGGCAGCGGCCACCCGACGUCAUGCUGCAGCGUGGCAGAGAUCAUGUCUGUGCUCUUCUUCCACUCCAUGAAAUACCGCCCUGAGGAGCCUAGGAACCCCAACAAUGACCGCUUCAUCCUCUCCAAGGGUCACGCCGCCCCCGUGCUGUACGCUGUGUGGGCUGAGGUGGGCUUCCUCAAAGAGUCGGACCUCCUAAACCUCCGGAAAGUGGACUCCAUCCUGGAGGGACACCCGGUCCCGAAGCAGCAGUUUGUGGAUGUGGCCACUGGUUCUCUGGGACAGGGGCUGGGAGCGGCCUGUGGCAUGGCCUACACCGCCAAGUAUUUUGACCAGGCCAGUUACCGAGUGUUCUGUCUGCUGGGAGAUGGGGAGGUGUCAGAGGGCUCCGUGUGGGAGGCCAUGGCUUUCGCCUCCUUCUACCAGCUCCAUAACCUGGUGGCCAUCCUGGACAUCAAUCGCCUGGGCCAGAGUGACCCAGCGCCCCUGCAGCACCACGUGGACAAGUACCAGCGCCGUUGUGAGGCCUUCGGCUGGCAGGCGGUGGUGGUGGACGGGCACAGUGUGGAGGAGCUGUGUAAGGUGCUGAGUCAGCCUCGUCACCAGCCGCUCGCUGUCAUCGCCAAGACUAUUAAGGGCAAAGGCAUCCCAGGUGUGGAGGAUAAGAUGGGCUGGCACGGUAAGCCUCUGCCCAAAGACAUGGCGGAGAGCGUGAUCCGGGACCUCCAGGCUCGCAUGGUGAGCUGCAGUAAGCGCAUGUACCCUACCCCGCCUGCUGACGAUGCCCUACCCGUGUGCCUGAGGAACAUCCACAUGCCCAGCGCACCUGCAUACAAGUCUGGAGACAAGAUUGCCACAAGGAAAGCGUAUGGCAUGGCUCUGGCCAAACUGGGCCGGUACAACGAACGUGUGGUGGUCCUGGAUGGAGAUACCAAGAACUCCACCUUCUCUGAGCUCUUCAAGAACGAGCACCCCAACCGCUACGUGGAGUGCUACAUCGCUGAGCAAAAUAUGGUGAGCGUGGCCAUUGGCUGUGCAGCGCGUGACCGGAACGUUGUGUUUGCCAGUACCUUUGCCACCUUCUUCAGCCGAGCGUAUGAUCAGCUGCGUAUGGCUGCCAUCUCCGAGAGCAACAUCAACGUGUGUGGCUCCCACUGUGGGGUCUCCAUCGGAGAGGAUGGUCCCUCUCAGAUGGGCCUGGAGGACUUGGCAAUGUUCAGAGCCAUCCCCACGGCAACAGUGUUCUACCCCAGCGACGGUGUGUCCACAGAGAAGGCUGUGGAGCUCGCUGCCAACACCAAGGGUUUGUGCUUCAUCCGAACAAGUCGCCCUGAAAACAACAUCAUCUACAACUGUAACGAGGACUUCCACAUCGGACAGGCCAAGGUGGUGUGUAAAUCCAACGAGGACCAUGUGACAGUGAUCGGAGCAGGAGUGACCCUCCACGAAGCUUUGGCUGCUGCAGAAAACCUCAAGAAAGAUCGCAUUAACAUCCGCGUGAUCGACCCGUUCACUGUCAAACCCCUGGACUCCAAAACCAUCAUCGACAACGCGCGAGCCACUAGAGGGCGCAUCAUCACUGUGGAGGAUCACUAUUAUGAAGGUGGUUUGGGUGAGGCAGUGUGCUCUGCCGUGGUGAACGAGCCGGGCUUCUCUGUGCACCGACUGGCCGUGUCCCAGGUGCCCCGCAGCGGGAGGCCUCAGGAGCUGCUGCGGCUGUACGCCAUUGACCGGGACGCCAUCGUUCAGGCCGUACGCAAGAUGCUGACCAGCGCCGCUAAUGCCAUGUAACCACCUCUGACCUCACUGCUGCCACGGUGACCACCUAGAACCAGGAAGUACACCUCAGGCCUCUGUGCACUGCUGAGAUCAAUACUAAAGGGGUUUUUUUUGGAAACUAUUUUGUCUCUUAGUGAUGUUGACAUUGUUUAAACUAUUCUGUCCCGUAUAGAUCCUUUACCAAUUUUUAUGCUUAUUCAUACUUUGCAAUCAAAGUCAAAAACAUACUAGUAGUUGUUUGUUGCAAAUGUAAGCCACUAACUACAUGUACUGUGUUGUGUCUAGAACAGAGAACAUUAGCAAUUAAUUUUUUAGCUCUUUUUCAUAGAUUAGCAAGGUUUAUAAGUUAAACCUUUGGCUAAGGAACUCUCAUACAGGUUGAUGAUUUGUAUAACUGUGUCUGUAACAAUGCCAUUUUGUCAACUAAAAGCAUUCAUUUUUUGUAUUCUUAAAUUGACCAAAUAAUGUCAUGUUAAGUCUUAGAUUGAGUCAUGUGUUUAAAGGGCACGGCUCAGCACUGACCCUGAUCCUACCUCUGCUGUAGUGUGUGUAUGUGGUUUGGAGUAACAUGUUUUUCAAAGUGUCACUGUGUUUAGUGUUUUCAGAGGAGACCGUACUGGGCUCAUUCACAAUAAAAGGGAG